AAUGACAGGCAUCCCUGGGUGAAGAGAGCCGGUGUGAAGACGUUUGUGAGAACCACGAGUACCUGUGGCCGGCAGACAGAAACUCCAGCUCUCACGCUGUUUCCUGGCAUUUGGUUGUAGGCGGUACAGGACUGCCGGUCCCUUAUGCGGAUUUGUCUUUUAAGAGAAGUUUACUUUUGUCAGAAAGAGUUUGUUGUCGUGGGAUACAUCUAAGACAAUUAUAAUCAUGGGCCAAGCCGAUGUCUCCAGACCGGUAAAUCCAGAUGCAGUUGAAGAAGCAGAGCAGCCCUCUGGAGACCCAUGCAUGGCCAUGGACAGUGUGGAAGCGGGGGACACAACACCUCCCACCAAAAGGAAAAGCAAGUUCUCAGGGUUUGGCAAGAUCUUCAAGCCAUGGAAAUGGAGGAAAAAAAAAAGUAGUGACAAAUUCAAAGAGACAUCAGAAGUUUUAGAGCGAAAAAUAUCUAUGCGAAAACCAAGAGAAGAGCUGGUUAAAAGAGGGGUUCUGUUGGAAGACCCCGAGCAGGGUGGUGAGGAUUCAGGAAAGCUGACCCAUGCUUCAUUAAAGAAUGGACACACCACUCCCAUAGGGAGUGCCAGGUCCUCUAGUCCAGUCCUGGUGGAAGAAGAGCCAGAGAGAAGUCUCAGGAAUCUUACUUCAGAAGAGGAUCCAAAGAAGAGACUUGGCUCAACUGGAAGCCAGCCGAACUCUGAAGCAGAGCCUGGUCCUGAGCAUGCGCCUAAGCUGCCUCUGCUGCCUCCCCAGAGACCUUUGUCCUCUUCUCACGAAGCAAAUGAGGGGCAAGCAGAGGAGGUCCCGGCUGUCAGUACAGCAAGGUCUGUCUCCUCCACUUCGGGAUCUACUGCCGUGACACCUGCUGCUGCCAUCACUGCUGCCACAGACAUGGCAAAGACUGUUAAGUCCUUUGUGGGGCCCGCCCCCACGCCCGCUCCCAGGACUCUGCCUACUGCUCCUGCCAGCACUAACACUACUGCCACUCCUACAACCCCUGCCAAGCAACCCCCCAUCCCACCCCCUAAACCAGCUCAGAGAAACAGCAACCCCAUCAUUGCUGAACUGUCCCAAGCAAUGAACAGUGGCACACUGCUGUCGAAACCAUCCCCACCCUUACCACCCAAGAGAGGCAUUCCAUCAACUUCGGUACCCAGCUCAGAGCCUGCUGCUUUGUUCACAACUAACACAGCAAAUGAUCAAAAAGAAAAAACUGUCUCUUUGUGUAUGGAACCACCGCUGAUAAUCCCACCUUCAUCCCCAUCACCCCCACUGCCUACCCACAUACCUCCAGAGCCUCCGAGGUCCCCUCUAGUCCCUGCUAAGACUUUUCAAAUUGUGCCAGAAGUUGAGUUCUCCCCUUCUUCAGAUCUAUUCCAGGACAUUUCCCAGAAGGAAGAUCAGAAAGCAGAAGUCCCCAAGAAGAUACAGGACCAGAGCUUUGGGGAGUCCCAUAUACCCUCUAGGCUGCCCCCACUCCCACUGCAUAUCCGAAUUCAGCAGGCCCUUACCAGCCCCCUUCCCGUAACCCCUCCCUUGGAAGGCACUCAUAGAGCCCAUUCACUGCUCUUUGAGAGCAGUGACAGCUUCUCCGAAGACACUGGUACCCUGGGUCGGACCAGGUCACUUCCCAUCACAAUUGAAAUGUUGAAAGUUCCAGAUGAUGAAGAGGAAGAGCAGACCUGCCCAUUUGUUGAAGACAUGAUGUCUACCUCAGCCACUCCUAAACUACCACUGUGUCUCCAAGAGGAAGAGAAGGAGAGCGACUCAGAUUCCGAGGGUCCCAUUCAAUAUCGAGAUGAAGAAGAAGAUGAUGAUGAUGAAAGCCAUCAGAGUGCUCUGGCCAACAGAGUGAAGAGGAAGGAUACGCUGGCAAUGAAGCUGAGCAGCAGACCCAGUGAACCAGAGAUGAACCUGAAUUCUUGGCCUCGUAAAAGCAAGGAGGAGUGGAAUGAAAUACGGCACCAGAUUGGGAACACACUGAUCCGGCGACUGAGUCAAAGACCUACAGCAGAAGAACUGGAGCAACGGAAUAUACUACAGCCAAAAAAUGAAGCUGAUCGCCAAGCAGAGAAACGAGAAAUAAAGCGUCGGCUCACUAGAAAGCUCAGUCAAAGGCCAACUGUGGCUGAACUACUUGCCAGGAAGAUUCUGAGGUUUAAUGAGUAUGUGGAGGUAACAGAUGCUCAAGACUAUGACCGGCGAGCAGAUAAACCAUGGACCAAACUGACUCCUGCUGACAAGGCCGCCAUAAGGAAAGAAUUAAAUGAAUUUAAGAGCUCGGAGAUGGAGGUUCAUGUAGACAGCAAACACUUUACACGCUACCAUCGCCCAUGAAGCUGAAGCCUGAGAAAGGAACUACAGGACCAUUGGAAAAGGAAAAGAUAGCUGUUUUGUUGCUCGCCUCUAGGGCGACCGCGGCACUUCCUGCACAGCCAGAGCUGCUCUGGGAUCUGGCUCAGGGCAAACAGCCCUUGUAUGCACGUAGCCUUUCUGUGGUAUGGAUCCUUGUGCUCCCCUUAGGAAAGAGUGAAACCGAUGCUUCGCUGCGGCAGACUUGAGGGCUUCUCUCCCCAGCUACAGAAGCACAGGGCCACUUGCAGGUUGUGAGUUUUCCUGGCUGCAACACACGCUGCCCUAGGACAACUGUGUGUGCUGAGGCCAUUUGGACUGUUAGCCUUACCUGUUUGCCUGCCUGAGAGCCGCACAUGGAGGCUCAUUCCAGCCACCAAGUCCUCUUACAGGAAAAACCCUUCUGGACACACCAGCCCUUCUCGCAGAGGCCCACUUCCAGAAAAGUGCUUGGACUUCCCUGGCAUCAGUUCAGGGAGUGCGAUGUACCGCCAGCUCUUGGCAUAGGCCUGACUGGAAGGAAGCCAGCCCAGGCUCCGGCCUGUCCCUCCCUCCACUUGGCCACUGUCAUCCUAGGACCUUUUUUGUUUUGAGACAAGAUCUUAUGCCAUGGCUCAGGCUGGCCUGCAAACUCAUUGCAUAGCCCAGGCUGGCCUCAAACUGCUAUCUUGGCCUCCCAAGUGCUGAGAUUAUAAGCUCUCAUCCUGGCCCAUAUUUUAAAGUGAGCUUAAAGAAAUGGGGGAAAUUUAUUCAUUACAUAGUCUGAGCUGUAAUCAGAAACCAAAUGAUCAAAUGAGAAAGUCAUGUGCACUUUCUAUGUACAAACCAAGCAAAAGGCCUUAUUGCUAAUGCCACUUUGGCAGAGAAGUGACUCAUGGGACAGACUUUAUUAUGUGUUCCUUGUACCAAAUGAUACUAUAAAUCACUUUGGCCUGUGGGAGCACUGUGUGCUACAGGUGCCCAUGCUUCUAGCCAGAGCCCCUCUUCGGUGCUAUUGGCCCUCCUUACUGCACAGCCCCUUCCCCUCCUGACAGACAGCGAACACCUCACUUGCCGUUCCAUUCCAUGUUGUAGCCAGUGUGGUUGGUGCCUGCGUUUUCUCGUCAGGCCUUCUCCUUUGUAUUUGGAUGCAGAAUUGGUUAUGUGUCUCAAAGAACGUUUCUCCUGAAACCCACCCAGCCUCACUGUUUGCACCUGGAUUCUAUUUACAUUGUAAGUGGAUGAGAAAUGAAUCUUGGUUUGUCUCUUUUCUUUUGGAUUUAGUCUAUACCUCAGUAUGUAGCCCAGGCUAGCCUUUGACUUGAAGACUUUCCUUACUCAGCCUUCCCAGUCUGGGAUCAUAGACGGGAACAGUCAUACCCAGCUUUUACUCACCUUAAUGUCUAGUGAUUUGUGGCUCUUUAAAAAAAAUUUUUUCUUUUGCUUUAUUCUGUUUCCUGUCUGUAUUCUUUCAGCAAUUUUCUCCUUGUCAACGUCACACUUAUUAAAGAGUUAGAAUAUAGGGCAAACAAAAAAACAAAAGUGACCUUAAAACUAGUACUUUCUUCUCUAUGAAGGAAAAGGUGCUUUUGUUUGUUUUUUUCUCUUACGGCCAUGUAGUUUCUGUCUAUGGAGAAAAGACUGCGUCCCCAUCUCCUUAAAGCUUGAUAUCACUUGAGUUGAGGGAAGAAUAUCAAUUCUGUAAAGUUUGUGAGAAGUUUAGAUACAAGGUUGCCAGAGCUGCUAACCUUUGUGAUGACAUUUUGUUCUAGGCUCCUGACAGGCUCAGUUCUCACAAGCAAGUCCUGUGCUCUGCUCUUCUCCAGCCCAGCUCCACCCCUGCUCUGCCCAGUUCCACCCCUGCUCUGCCCAGCUCCACCCCUGCUCUGCCCCUGUUUUGCUCCCGUUUCUCCCUUCUCAGUCCCAGGUUUAGAGAGUGCUUUGCAUAUGCCUCUGCUGUCCAUGGUGUGGUAACAUUUUUUUUUUAGACAGACAGGGUCUCAUGUAGCCUCACUAUGCAGCCAAGGAUCCCUCUGCCUCCACCUCCCAAGCACAGGGCUCACAGAUGCACCCACCAUACCUGCUGGCGAAGUCUCUCAUUGUUGCUCUCCCUCACAGUGCCAAGCCUGAGCUCCCUGUCUGCUUGUGUGUGCCAUCAAGGGCUCUGACUCACUGUUCAUGACUCACCGUUCAUCUCAUUUGUCUUCUGAAGCAUGAUAUGUUAGGGUGGCAUCUAGUCAGUGGUUUUGUUUUUAUGUAUAUAAAAGUUGAUCAUGUGUUUUUUUUCUGUAAUUUGAAGCUUACAAUCAUAAUGUAAAGGAGUAAAGCCUAGCAUGUUCUAUGUUAAGAUGCUUCCCUAAUGUACAGAAUCUUGUAAAAUAAAUAAUUACAUUGUAUAUCA